AGCGGCUCGCAGCCUGAUGGAGGGCGGCAGACCCGGCUUCCUGCUGGCCCUCCAGAGCCAGGGCAGAGCCGAGCCGGUGCGCGCGCGGGUGCAGGAGCAGGACUUACAACAGUGGGGCCUGACAGGGAUUCGUCUACGCUCUUAUCAACUGGAGGGAGUCAACUGGCUGGCCCAGCGAUUCCAUUGUCAAAAUGGCUGCAUCCUGGGAGACGAGAUGGGGCUGGGUAAGACCUGCCAGACUAUUGCCCUCUUCAUUUACUUGGCGGGACGGUUAAAUGAUGAAGGACCAUUUCUGAUUCUUUCUCCGUUGUCUGUUUUGAGCAACUGGAAAGAAGAGCUGAAGAGAUUUGCUCCAGGUCUUUCCUGUGUCACAUAUGCAGGAGACAAGGAGGAGAGAGCCCACCUUCAGCAAGACCUAAAACAGGAGUUACAGUUUCAUGUGCUGCUGACCACCUAUGAGAUUUGCUUGAAAGAUGCUUCAUUUCUAAAAUCCUUCCCUUGGAGUGUCCUUGUUGUGGAUGAAGCUCACAGGUUGAAAAACCAAAGCUCCCUGCUGCAUAAGACCCUCUCAGAGUUCUCAGUAGUCUUCAGUCUCCUGCUGACCGGGACGCCCAUCCAGAACAGCCUCCAGGAGCUCUACUCCCUCCUCAGUUUUGUGGAGCCUGAUCUCUUUGGCAAAGAACAGGUGGAAGAGUUUGUUCAGCGUUACCAGGGUAUUGAGAAAGAGUCGAAGUCAGCGAGUGAGCUGCACGAGCUCUUGCAGCCGUUUCUGCUGAGGCGAGUGAAGGCUGAGGUGGCCGCGGAGCUUCCCAAGAAGACGGAAGUGGUGCUGUACCACGGCCUGUCCGCGCUGCAGAAGAAGUGCUACAAGGCCGUCUUGAUGAAGGACCUGGAUGCAUUUGAAAGUAUGGCAAAGAAAGUUAAACUUCAGAACAUCUUAUCCCAGCUUCGAAAGUGUGUGGAUCACCCUUAUUUAUUUGAUGGCGUGGAACCAGAGCCUUUUGAAGUUGGAGACCACCUGAUUGAAGCUAGUGGGAAACUUCACCUGCUGGAUAAGCUCCUGGCAUUCCUGUAUUCCAGGGGCCAUCGGGUUUUACUUUUCUCCCAGAUGACCCAGAUGUUGGAUAUUCUCCAAGACUAUAUGGAUUACAGAGGCUACAGUUACGAGCGUGUGGAUGGGUCCGUGAGAGGCGAGGAGAGAUACCUGGCCAUCAAGAACUUUGGACAGCAGCCCAUUUUUACUUUUCUCCUGAGUACCAGAGCAGGUGGAGUUGGCAUGAACUUAACAGCAGCAGAUACUGUUAUUUUUGUGGACAGCGAUUUUAAUCCCCAGAAUGACCUGCAGGCAGCUGCCAGAGCUCACCGAAUCGGCCAGAACAAGUCUGUCAAAGUUAUUCGGCUGAUUGGCCGAGACACCGUGGAAGAAAUCGUCUAUAGGAAAGCAGUCUCCAAGCUGCAGCUCACCAACAUGAUCAUAGAAGGAGGCCAUUUCACGCUGGGAGCCCAGAGACCCUCGGCAGAGGCCGACCUCCAGCUGAGCGAGAUACUCAAAUUCGGUUUGGAUAAACUGCUGUCCUCUGAGGGGAGCACCAUUGAUGAAGUCGAUCUGGAGGCCAUCCUAGGAGAAACGAAAGAUGGACAGUGGGUCUCUGAUGCCUUGCCUGCAGCAGAAGCAGGGGACAGAGAGCAAGAGGAAGGAAAAAACCACAUGUACUUAUUUGAAGGUAAAGAUUAUUCCAAAGAGCCUAGUAAGGAAGACAGAAAAUCAUUCGAACAACUGGUGAAUCUUCAGAAAACCCUUUUGGAGAAGACUACUCAAGAGGGCCGGUCCCUGCGAAACAAAGGCACCGUUCUCAUCCCAGGCCUUGUGGAGGGGUCUGCCAAGAGGAAGCGGGUUUUGAGCCCGGAGGAGCUGGAAGAGAGACAGAAGAAAAGACGGGAAGCAGCAGCCAAGAGAAAGAGGGCGAUGGAGGAGAAGAAAAGGAAAAAGGAAGAAGCUGAACACCAGAAGAAGAUGGCCUGGUGGGAGUCCAACGACUACCAGUCCUUCUGCCUGCCUUCCGAGGAGAGCGAGCCGGAGGAUACCGAGGCUGGGGAAGAUGCUGAGGCUGGGGAGGACACGAGUUCUGCUGAGCUGGAUUACCAAGACCCAGACGGAACCUCCAUCAAGUACGUCAGUGGUGAUGUCACCCACCCUCAGGCUGGGGCAGAGGAUGCGCUCAUUGUGCACUGUGUAGAUGACUCUGGCCGCUGGGGCAGAGGUGGUUUAUUCACAGCUCUGGAAACACGAUCCGCUGAGCCAAGAAAAGUGUAUGAGCUGGCCGGGAAAAUGAGAGACUUGAGUUUGGGAAGUGUCCUUCUGUUUCCUAUUGAUGAUAAGGAGUCAAGAAGCAAAGGCCAAGAUUUGUUGGCCUUGGUCGUGGCUCAGCACCGUGAUCGCUCCAAUGUCCUUUCUGGCAUUAAGAUGGCAGCCCUGGAAGAGGGCCUGAAGAAGAUAUUUUUAGCAGCAAAGAAAAAGAAAGCAAGUGUUCAUCUGCCGCGUAUUGGACAUGCCACAAAAGAUUUUAACUGGUAUGGUACUGAGCGACUUAUUCGGAAACACUUGGCAGCACGAGGCAUCCCAACUUACAUAUACUAUUUUCCUAGAAGCAAGGCUGCUGCCCUUCAUUCACAGCCUUCCUCUUCCUCCUCCAGACAGCCGGUGCCUUGACAUUCGGCCCAGCAUCAGAUCCAGUUUUCAGCAAACAGCUAAUAAGAUAUUUUCCCAGAGCUACUGUCAGAGUAUUUCAGCAAGGAGUCAAGAUCUGGUGGCCCUCUGAGACGGUCUGUUUUCUGAAUCCUGAGUUUACUCAGCUGGGUAUAUUACUCUGAUUUGGUACCUGUAAUGCAGGGAUACACAAUUUACCAGCUUACUUCAAAAAGUCCAUGGAAAGUAGAAUUAAAAGGUAAUACACGUUUUCCAUGAACUCUCUGAAGACCUUUCCUGUUUUGAAAAGCCCUUGGGCCCCAGUUUGCAUUGCUACUUGUGUAAUAAUAAAUGUUCUAUCUCUAAGAAUGUCAUUGCUUUCUUUCCCCUACAUCUAGUUUUCCCUCCUCCUUUACAGAGAGAAGGGCUGUAUGCAUUAAGGAGAUGGGAGAGGUAAUAGUACAAGGCAGCUCUGGGAGAAGGAAGCACCUUCAGCCCUUCAUGCCUUCAGAAGACAGGACCUGGGUGGAGGCUGAGAAGAAAGAUUCUUGAUCUAGACGGGUGGCACUCCUCCCUACCCACUUCUUUUUGGACUGCUCAGCACAUCGAGGUCUGGAAGAAAGCACGGUGACCUAGAGGUGGGUCAAAUGUGACUUCUCCUACCCGCCUACUGCAGUUUAGCUAUGAGAAAUCAAUUAGGAAAAUGACACAAAGCUGGCACAAGGUGACAAGUGGAAUUUGAGAGGGUAGAGGACCAAGAACCACCAGAGAAGUACUGAGGGAAGACUUUGUAAGUUGUGGCUCUUC